UUCUCCUAAUUUUUUAUUUUUUAUUUUAUUUUAUUUUUUGACAGGCUGAAUGAGAGCAGAGAGAAAGGUCUUCCUUUGCUAUUGGUUUCCCACCCUCUUCCUCCUUUCUCUUUUGUUCUUCUAAUUUUUUAUUUUUUUCUUUUCUUUUUUUUUUGACAGGCAGAGUGGACAGAGAGAGACAGCGAGACAGAGAGAAAAGUCUUCCUUUGCCGUUGGUUCACUCUCGAAUGGCCGCCAUGGCCGGUGCGCUGCAGCCGGCGCACCGCGCUGAUCCAAAGCAGGAGCCAGGUGCUUCUCCUGGUCUCCCAUGCAGGUGCAGGGCCCAAGUACUUGGGCCAUCCUCCACUGCACUCCUGGGCCACAGCAGAGAGCUGGCCUGGAAGAGGAGCAACCAGGACAGUAUCUGGCGCCCCGACUGGCACCUGGUGUGCCAGCGCCGCUAGAUGGAGGAUUAGCCUAGUGAGCCACGGCACCGGCCUUAUUCUCCUAAUUUUUGCAAUGAUCUACUUUCAGUUUACUUUAUACUCAUAAGAUUAACUCUACACUAAGUAAAGAAUUCAACAGAUAAUAAUAAUAAGAAAAAAUCAGUGUUCCUCAAGCCUUACUUUAUUUUUAAAAGAUUUAUUUCUUUGAAAGACUGAGUGAGAUAGAGAGAUAGAGAUAGAGAUAGAGAGAGAGAGAGAGAGAAAGAGAGAGAGAGAAAUUCCAUCUGCUGGUUCACUCUCCAGAUGGCCACACAGCCAGGUCUAGGUUAAGCCAAAGUCAGGAGCCUGGAACUCCAUCUGAGUCCCCCACAUAGGUGUCGGGGGACCAAGCACUUGGGCCAUCUUCCAUUGCCUUCCCAGGAACAUUAUCAGGAAGCUGGAUUGGAAAUGGAGCAGCUGGGCCUUGAACUGGCUCUCUGAUAUGGGAUGCUGGCAUUGCAGGUGGCAGCUUAAUCCACUGUGCCACAAUGCCAGCUCCUUUCUAACUGUAGUAUACUCAAUGAAAGUGAUCAUGACUAUUGGUAUAGAUUUAGUCUUUAUGUACUAGUUAGUGUUCUAUAUAAAAUUAAAAAUGCAUGGAGAAAACCAAGCUAUCCGUUUUGCUUUUGAAAAAGGAAAUAAAAUUUAUUUUGUGCAAAAUAUAUGGUGUGUUAUACAGAAACAAGUGUCAUUUAGAUUGAGGCGGGUAAGCUGAGUAAAAUGUUAAAAACUGCUACAUUGAUUUAAAUGUUCAUUGAUACUAACUAAAUAUAUGGGCUGACUUAUAUGUUACAUAUAAUGAUUCAGAAUAUCCCAGCAUUUAAGAGCUUAGCCUCUGUAGUAACAGACCUAGAUUUGAAUCCCCAAUCUAGUACUUACUAGCUAUCGACUGCUGGUGAGUUACUUGAUAAUUCUAAUCUGCUGGUUAUUUUCUUCUUUAAAAUGAAAUGAUCAGAAUCUGCCUUUUAGAUUUGUAAUAGGAUGAAAUCAGGUAAUUCAUUAAAAUAUUUUGCACAAUUUCCUAUUCUUGUACUAUAAAAGUGUUUAAGAAAAUUUGCUGUUUUAACUACCCAUAUUAUUGUUGGUCUGUUUGGGUGGGUAAAUAGAUUUCCUAGCUGAAAUGAUGAAGAAAGAGCCCAUAAUGACAGAAGCUUUAUUUUCAUAUUGAGUCUUCUUCUCUCAAUAUGUAUUUAUGCCUGUUUGCCUGCCUUCAGAGUCUCUUUAAUAAUAUGACUGUAUUUUCUCAUGCUUUUUACAUAAUAUGUGUACUGACUUCCCUUAAAUGACAUGAAAUCUUGUUAGGAGAUAUUUCUUCUCUCUCUCUCUUUUUUAUUUGACAGGUAGAGUUAUAGACAGUGAGAGAGAGAGACAGAGAGAAAGGUCUUCCUUCUGUUGGUUCACUCCCCAAAUGGCUGCUAUGGCUGGCGCUGCGCUGAUCUGAAGCCGGGAGUCAGGUGCUUCCUCCUGGUCUCCUAUGUGGGUUCAGGGGCCCAAGCACUUGGGCCAUCCUCCACUGCCCUCCCGGGCCACUGCAGAGAGCUGGACUGGAAGAGGAGCAACCAGGACUAGAACCCCGCGCCCAUAUGGCAUGCCAGUGCCGCAGGCGGAGGAUUAGCCAAGUGAGCCACAGCGCCGGCCCCUAUUUUCUUCUCUUUCUAAAGUCAGGGUCUGAAUUAGAUAGUUUCUAACAUUCUGUAAAGUCCAAGUGCCCUGUGAUGGACUUGAUUUUUUAUGUUUUUCUUUGAAAAUAAAUUGUUAGAUGGGUGGGGAAGCAUUUAAAAUGUAUCUACCAGCAGAUGGCACUCCAAUAUUUCUACAGUAGGCAACCCUUAGCUAUUCCCCAAAUAGAAAUUAGGCAAAACUGGACACAUUAAAAAGAAAGCUUUGAAAUGUUUGUUACUAUUGUGAUAAAAAUUACAUAUGUAUCAAUUAAUAGACCCUCUAGAUAUACAUAUUGAUAUUGAGCCAUAAUCCCGUAUGUGCUCCACAGUACUUUCCACCAAACUAUUAUUAUAGUACUCAUCAGAUGGACAUGUAAGCUCACUUGUUUACCUGUUCAUUUUCCAGAUAAACUGUCAGAUUAAGGGUGAAGAUGACAUUAUUUAUCUCUGGAUUCCAAGGGUAGAGGAGGUGACAUAGUACCUGGCCCAUACUCAGCACUCAAUUAAGUGUCUCUCCUUUUCGUCCCUCAGAAAAUUGGUUAAGUAUUGCCUUGUAUGCAGGAGAAUGUUCAUAAACAUUGGUUCAUGCAAAGCCUUUUAUUUUUUUUUCUCUUUAACAGUUACUUGUAACUAUCAACUCUAAUGUGUUUGAUGUAUGUUCUUUGAUGUUUUUGUGUCCUUGUAAAAUGCAUUGUUUUUUUGUGUGUUUAAUUUGCACUAACACUGUACUGGAUAUAUAUCAUUCUGGCUUUUUGGUGUAUGUUCCUGGCAUAUCAUUGUAUUUAAAGCUAUCUAUGUUGUUGAAUACAUAUUUAAUACAUUGCUUGUAACAGCUGCCCUUAUAAGUUCACCUAUCCAUUUUUCUUGCGAUGGACAUCUGGGUGUCUCAUGUUCCUCACUCUUAAACUUAGAGCCUUAUGGAACACCCUCAUUCAAAUUCUUUUCUGAGUUGUGCUGGGGUUUAUGCCCACUAGUGGGGUUGCUGGGCCUUAGGAAAUAGGCAUACUUAAUUUAGCUAAAUACUGCCAGAAUACUCUCUAGAAUGGUCCAGUUGUUUUACAGCAAAAGAAGGUUUCCACCUCUCUCCAUCCAUAAUUAUUGUCAUCUAGUAUUUCAAAUUUUGCCAAUUAGAUGGUGUAAAGCAAAAACAUUUCCUUUUAAAAUAUUUAUAUAUUCAUGUUUGUUUAUUUGAGGAGAGAGCAAGAGAGAGAUCUUUCAUCCACUGGUUCAUUCCUCAAGUGCCCACAAUAGCAGAGGUUGGGCCAUGCUGAAGCCAGGAGCCCAGAAUUCCUCCUGGUCUCCCACAUGGGUGACAAGGACUCAAGUACUUGAGCCAUCAUCUGCUGCUUCCCAGGAUGUACGUUAGCAGGAGGUUGGACUGGAUGGAAGCGGAGGCAGGACUUCAUCCCAGGCACUCCAAUGUGGAAUGCAGGCAUUUCAAGUGGUGGCUUAACCCCUGUAUCACAGUGCCCACUUCUGAAAAUAUUUCUUGUGUGAAAUGAUGAUCAGCUGAGAAUCAGCUAAAGCUAAUAAUAUGUAUGCUAUUUUUAGUUGCAUGAUUUUCUUCCUUUGAGGAUGGUCCUGUGCUUUCUGAACUUUCCACUGUCUAAAUGUAGGAAUGAAAUAGAUACCAAUAUUUUUUUGAGAUAUGCCUUAGAAUCUGAACUCCUUCUCCUCAUUAUUUGAAGUCUAUGAAUCAAGUAGAUCAAAUAAUAUUGUAUCCCUUAUUAUCUAUAUUUGUUCUCUAAAACCAUAAAUAAAAUAGUGUUGUAUAGUGAGGGAUCCAAGAUGUGUCAGGCCUCAUUUUAAUUGUUCAAAAGCUUCUUAGGUGACUUUAAUAUGUAAUCAGGGAUGAGAAUCACUUAGAUUCUCGUAUUAUUUAUCUCUACCUGAAAUGGAAAAAGAUUUAUAAGUAUUUAAACACAGAAAAUAUAAUUUUAUUGUGCUCAUCAGGCUUCAGAAAAUCAUAAGAAUUUAAAAUUUAAGUGUCUUAUAGAAAUUAAAUGCAUUUCCUAAGAAUACAUGUCUGUAGAUGACCAAAGGACUAGAAGAAACAGAAUAAUUUUGAUGACAGUUAAGGCUGGUAUGGUUUAAUGUAACUGGCUUAGAAUAAAGUAAGGACUUGGAUCCGGCUCUAUGGGCCAAAUCUCACUCCAGAGAAUUAGAGAUCUAGAUGUCAGGUCACACAGAGAGAAAAUAUUCAGCGAAGUAAAUAUGUACUGGAAGAGUUAAUAGUGUUUAUGAGUUGAUUUUGAUGCUUGAAGAAUGGGCUGAAUCAGUAUAAACCUUCCAUUAUCAACAUUUGCAUUAUUAUGAACUUAGCACAUUGAGUAUAAAACGGUAAAAGUGUGCCAUAAAUCUAGGGAACUGAAGACUAUAGUCAUAGCUAAUCGUUUUUUGAGGCUCAAUGAACACAAUUAUGUUCCAGGGAAAAGUUUAGUUACAGGUUCAAUUUUUAGUGUUGAGAUUAUAUAUUAAAUAUAUUGAGAUACAUAUAGAUGAUUGAUAUAUUUAACUUUUUUAGAAAUUAUCUUUAAUGUCAGUUAAUGCUUAAGAAUCAUCCAACAGGGAAAGUAGUAUGUGUAAACAACUUACAUUACUAUAUCUAUCUACCCGUCUAUUGUUAAUGAAGCUGAAAAGUAUGUGAAAGGCAAUCUGAAUUUUUACUCCUGGAAUAUUAUAUACAAAGGCUCUCAGGUAUUUCAGUAGCAAAUAUACCAAAAUUAUAGUAUAGUCAUCAGUCAGUAGAGCUGGUUUUAGUAUCAAGCUCUUUGAGAAACAGCUUGAAAUUUUAAACUGUUUUUAUUACUGAAUUAUGGAGACAAAGCCUGUCAUACCUAUGCUGUGAACAUAAAAGGAAAUAGUAUAUAUGUAAGCUAUUAUUAUAGUAAUUUCAAACCUCAGGUUUUAGGUGUAUAAUUUCCUCUUAUCCCAUCUAUGUUCAUUUAUUUCCUUUUCUUUCUUUCUUUUUUUUUUUUUUUUGGACAGGCAGAGUGGACAGUGAGAGAGAGAGACAGAGAGAAAGGUCUUCCUUUACUGUUGGUUCACCCUCCAAUGGCCGCCUCGGCAGGUGUGCUGUGGCCAGUGCACCACGCUGAUCCGAAGCCAGGAGCCAGGUGCUUCUCCUGGUCUCUCAUGUGGGUGCAGGGCCCAAGCACUUGGGCCAUCCUCCACUGCCCUCCCGGGCCACAGCAGAGAGCUGGCCUGGAAGAGGGGCAACCGGGACAGAAUCCAGCACCCCGACCGGGACUAGAACCCGGUGUGCCGGCGCUGCAAGUGGAGGAUUAGCCUAUUGAGCUGCGGUGCCAGCCAGAGUUCAUUUAUUUCCACAAUGAACAUCAAUCAGAAUAAAAAUUACUUUUACUAAGUAGCAAUUAUAUGCCUGGUACUAAAGGAAUUAGUUCAUUUAAUUCUAAUAGUACAUGUGGAAGGAAGUAUACCAAUCUCUAUUUUAUAGAUAGGGAACCUGAGGCUUGGGAGGGAUGUGUUACUUGUUAACAGAAGUCACAGUAGCAGACAGUAAACUGUGAACUAGAAUUUGUUUUAAAGAUUUAUUUAUUUUUAUUUGAAAGAGUUACACAGAAGAGAGACAGAGAGGUCCCCCAUCCACUGGUUCACUCCCCAGAUGGCUGCAACCGCUGGAGCUGUGCCGAUCCGAAGCCAGGAGCCAGGAGCUUCUUCCAGGUCUCCCACAGUUACACACAGGAGAAGGAGAGACAGAGAGAGAGAGAGAGGUCUUCCAUCUGCUGGUUCACUCCCCAGUUGCCCACCAAGGACAGAGCUGAGCUGAUCUGAAGCCAGGAGCUUCUUCUGGGUCUCCCACCAACGCUGUCAACUGGAUUUGGCCCCAAACACAGGACAUAUCAGUUAGUCCCAGUCACCAGUCCCAGUACCCAUGUUGGUGACUAGUGUAUUUCCACUUGUCUGAGAUGAAAUGGCAGGACAUAGGAGACCCUUGCCCGUAGACAGAGCUCCAGGUUUGAAGGAAAAGACCCUGAUUCUACUUGAUGUGAGCACCAAGAACCCAGUCAGAACAGUCAAUGAGAACUUCCUCUCUCUGCAGCUGGAUCCGUCCAUCAUUCAUGAUGGCUGGCUCGAUUUCUUAAGCUCCAAACGUCUGGUGACUCUGGCCCGGGGACUUUCACCCGCCUUUCUGCGCUUCGGGGGCAAAAGGACCGACUUUCUGCAGUUUCAGAACCUGAGGAACCUGGCGAAAAGCCGAGGGGGUCCGGGUCCGGAUUACUAUCUAAAAAACUAUGAGGAUGACAUCGUUCGAAGUGAUGUUGCCUUGGAUAAACAGAAAGGUUGCAAGAUUGCCCAGCACCCUGAUGUUAUGCUGGAGCUCCAGAGAGAGAAGGCAGCUCAGAUGCACUUGGUUCUUCUAAAGGAACAAUUCUCCAAUACUUACAGUAAUCUCAUAUUAACAGCCAGGUCUCUAGACAAACUUUAUAACUUUGCUGAUUGCUCUGGACUCCACCUGAUAUUUGCUUUAAACGCACUGCGUCGUAAUCCCAAUAACUCCUGGAACAGUUCUAGUGCCCUGAGUCUAUUGAAGUACAGUGCCAGCAAAAAGUACAACAUUUCCUGGGAACUGGGUAAUGAGCCAAAUAACUAUCGGAGCAUGCAUGGCCGAGCAGUAAAUGGCAGCCAAUUGGGAAAGGAUUACAUCCAGCUGAAGAGUCUGCUGCAGCCCAUCCGGAUUUACUCCAGAGCCAGCUUGUAUGGCCCUAAUAUUGGGCGGCCCAGGAAGAAUGUCAUUGCUCUCCUAGAUGGAUUCAUGAAGGUGGCAGGAAGCACAGUGGAUGCAGUUACCUGGCAACAUUGCUACAUUGAUGGCCGGGUGGUCAAGGUGAUGGACUUCCUGAAAACUCGCCUGCUAGACACACUCUCUGAUCAGAUUAGGAAAAUUCAGAAAGUGGUUAAUACAUACACUCCAGGAAAGAAGAUUUGGCUUGAAGGUGUGGUGACCACAUCAGCUGGAGGCACAAACAAUCUAUCAGAUUCUUAUGCUGCAGGAUUCUUAUGGUUGAACACUUUGGGAAUGCUGGCCAACCAGGGCAUUGAUGUAGUGAUACGGCAUUCAUUUUUUGACCAUGGAUACAAUCACCUUGUGGACCAGAAUUUUAACCCAUUACCUGACUACUGGCUCUCUCUCCUUUACAAGCGCCUGAUCGGGCCCAAGGUCUUGGCUGUGCAUGUGGCUGGGCUGCAGCGGAAGCCACGGCCUGGCCGUGUGAUCCGGGACAAACUGAGGAUUUAUGCUCACUGCACAAAUCACCAUAACCACAACUAUGUUCGUGGGUCCAUUACACUUUUUAUCAUCAACCUGCAUCGAUCAAGAAAGAAAAUCAAACUGGCUGGGACUCUCAGGGACAAGCUUGUCCACCAGUAUUUGCUGCAGCCCUAUGGGCAAGAGGGCCUGAAGUCCAAGUCAGUGCAGCUGAAUGGCCAGCCCUUAGUCAUGGUGGACGACGGGACACUCCCAGAAUUGAAGCCCCGCCCCCUGCGGGCCGGCCGGACAUUGGUCAUCCCUCCAGUCACCAUGGGCUUUUAUGUGGUUAAGAACGUCAAUGCUUUGGCCUGCCGCUACCGAUAAAGCACCCGACACUCACAAGCUACCCGUGGGCCUGCCGGACGGCUUCCACCCUUCCACCCCAUAGUAUCCUGACUCUUCAGACCUCUCCACGACCACUGCACCACCCCUCCUGCUGCAGUCACACAGACCUGCUCUCCAAAGGGACUCCAUGUCAUAGCAUGAGCUUAGCGUAGAUAGAUCACAGCCGUCCACGAGGAAGACGGAGCCAUCAUCCCUAUAUAAGGAGUAAAGUUCAUGGGUAGAGCUGUACAUGUCCACUUACUAGCACCGGGAACAGAAGCUGCCAGCACACUCCCAGGCCACACGUUUCCCAAGGCUCCCCCGGCCCUGCUCACACAGCAGUACGGUUCCACACCCUCAGCCCCCAACAGGAACCGGGGACCCACAAGAACCAACCCCGUCUAACUCCUUCCCCUGUGUCUGUUUCCUGCUGCUGCCCUGGGUUUCCUGAUACCUCUCUUCCCACUGGGGGGGCAAGUGGGCGAGUCAGCUCUGGCCUGCUGGGCGAGCUGCUGGCGGAUUUUCCUGGCUGAUGUAUGGGAGUGUGCAUCUGGGUUUCUGACAGUGGCAUCCAUCACUGGCUAUUCCUCUGGGAAACGAGUGCUUCGCAAGGAGAAUUACACUCAGACUGCAGCCUUUGUCAGAAGGUUCUAUUCCUCUGCGACUCCAGAUCUCCCCAGGCUUGGAAUGGGAGUCGGGUAACAAUAUUUGUUGAGUGUAGAGCAAUGUAUUCGGCUCCACAAAAAGCAAUCAUCAUCCUUCAUGUUGCUAUGGAGGAGAGAGUUUUAGUACAAAGAGAAAGUGCACUGGAACAUCAAAUACAUGCACACACACACACACACACACACCCCUCAACUUAAAGCAAAUUAGACCUGCUCCCACAAGGAGGGAUUACUGAGGGCUUGGUAAGGCAAGCCCUUAAUUGUUUGGUUGAACAAAACCGUCUUCUAAAAGCAGAAGGUGUUAUUCAGAAGUCAUCACUGUAGAACACAGCUGAGUCUAACCAUGCUCCCCCUCCCCACACAGCCGUGCACCUCUCAGAGGCACCCACCAGACAGAUGGCCAGGUCCAUCCCAUCCCAAACCAGCUUACCCGGGCACAGUCAGAGCUCUCAGCCAUUUUAGGGAAGAACACAGGAUCUGGAGGCUGAGGCUAGACUGGAGUGGGAGGCGGGAGGCUUCCGAGCUGGGAAGAUGGGACGUGGAGAGACGCACAGUUCAUGAAGAGGAUCUUCAGGGGGUCCCAGGGCUCCUCGGUUCUUUGCAAGCAGACUGCAACCAAAAUCACUUCAUUUUCUGCGGGUGUGAUUUUCUUUCUCAGGAUAAAUGCUGCAGAUAAUGCUUCUUUAAACAAAAAAGGAGGGAAUAUUUGACACUGUCUCUUAAUUUAACAAUUAAGAGUGUGAUACAGUUUCUGUGACUGGGAAAGAAUAAAAUGUGGGAUGGGGACAGGGUUGCUGAGAGCAGAGGCCAAGGAGCCUGCCUCAAAUGCCCGUGGGGUUCAGGACUGGGGCCAGGUCUGCAAGUGAGAGACAGGCAGGAGACGAGACAAGAGGGGAAGCAGGGGAUUCUCAGCUUGGAAAACAGAAGUUGGCAGAAGGAUGCCAUUUGUGUACGGAAGACGGUGACAUGGCUCUUGGUGUGCUUACUGUUAGGCCCAGGAGGAGCAACCCCCAGGAGAUGCAUGACAGUGGGCAAGGAGUCACAUGGUCAGUGCUGUACCCAGCACGGAAGUGGCUGGGGAGUGGGAGGGACCCUGAGCCCUUCCAGCCAGGCCACCCCGGGAGGAGGGAGAGGAAAGACGGGACAGAUAGGCCGAAGUGUGGAAGAGCAAGGAAAGGACAGAGGAGUCAAAGGCUCUUUGUCCAAACUUGUCAAGACUUGUGCAGAUAGCAGUCCCCUAGAGGUGACACAGGCACAGGGCCCCUGACCGUUUGCUUUACAUACAGAGGAGCCCCCAGAAUGCGGUUGCUGACACUACCCCCGUUUUCCGAUGAGGUUGGACAGGGUCAGCAGCUUGCCGAGGGUCGUCCAGGGGAAUGGGUUUGCUGAGCACGGCACACCCCAGAGCCUGCCCCCGACCGCCAUGCAUGCACAGGCCACAGAUUCACCUCGUCACUUCUCGGUAGGUUCUGCUCAUUGGGUACAGCCAGGACCGCCAGUGCUUCACUCACGCCCACUUUCUGUAAAUAAGUGCUGGUUCUUCACCAUGCUUUGCAGAUACAGUAACUCCUUCUGCUUUGGUCUUUCUCUGCGUAUUAAAAACUGCUCCCAAGAG